AUGCUGCUUCCGGAAUCUUCAUUCAUGGUAGAAGUUGGUGCUACGCAAUCCAGUUGGGUUAAUGAUCACUUGUCAACAGCACCGCUAUUUGCUUGGCCUGAAUGUGACAAUGUGGAUUCAUCAGUUGUCACCUUGCCAAACGGUGAAUCGAUCCAACACAACCACUCACUGUCCCAUUUUGAAGGAUAUGAUCAUCAGUGUCAAGAAUAUGCAAGCAGUGGCAACAAUAUAGUAGCAGCAGCAUCCUUGGCAGAAACUACAGAACAAGGACGACAUUGCAUUGUGGAGGAAACGAGUUUGAAUGUCAAGAACAAUGGAGUCGAGCUUCGGAAGCAUCCAUGGCUGCUGAUGCAGGAAGUAUCAAUUGCAGUGAUUGGGGACAGUUAUGCCGAGAUGCUGAAAGGUUUUCAGCAAGAGCCCCCUCUUGAAGAGAGUGAGAUUUCCAUGGUGCCAUACAUGUGGGGUGCUCAUAAUCUUAGUGAUUACCAACUUGGCAACUGCGAUUGA